AUGAACCGGAGCGUAAAGUGUUUGCUUGUGGUGCUUCUGGUGGGCUUGAUCGUGUUGGACCAGGUGUCCGGUUUGCAGAGGAAGAAGAAACGCGGUAUAUACCACGGUCUGCACGGGUACGCGCUGGCCGGCGUCGGUUCUAUUCCCUUCCACAAGGGCUACCAUCCAAGCCCGUACGCUCGAUUCCCGGGCCUGCACAAGGGUUCGUCGAUCGGUGGGGUACUUCCGCCCGGAUACGCGCUCUUCCCCGGUGGCGCUAGCGUUGCGUCCUACCACCGUAACUUCCCGCGCUACCCGACCGUUUACGGGGCGAACCUGUUCCCAGGAUUCGGCGUGGCUCCGGUGAAACCACUCGCCGCCGGUUUUGCACCACCACUCGCCACCGGAUUGACACCUUUCGCACCCGCGCCAGCUCUUCCUGCAGUUCCUGCGGCCGUACCCGCCCCAUACCCACAGGCCUACUACCCGCUGGGAGUCGCACAGGCCGCCGGAAACACGCAGCAGACGCAGUUCUUUGCCACCUACCCCCAGAAGCCGUUCAUCCCUGUGGCCGUUCCGGUGCAACCGGAGCCAGCGCCCGCCAAGGUGCCGGUCGUUAUCCAGAAGCCCUUCUUCACCGCCUUCUCGACCGCAGUCCCAACGGGAGUGUACAACCCGGCCGGUGUUGCCGUAUCUCACGUGCAGCCACAGUUCGUCGGUGUUCCCGUGGUCACCGGAAGUGCGAGCGGUGUAACGCCUACCUUCGCCACGACUGCCAGCAGCGGCACGACGGUCACACAAGCACCGCAGCAGCCUUGGCGGCCGGUGGUGGUGAACCAACCGGCACCACCAACCCCAACACCACCGUCCAACGCGUACCUACCAUCGUACGCGACCUCGCAGGGACAGAUCUACAUCAGUAGCACACCCGCCCCAUCGCUACAGGACCAUCAACAGCAGACACAGGCACACCACCAAGCACUGCUGGAGUACGAGCAGGCAUCCCUUCACCAGCAGGGCGGAAGCGGUGCGUUCAACGGUCAACCGUACGAUGUCGCCUCCAACCAUGGCCGGUACACGGGUCCCUCGAGCUACGACGUCGACAUCACCCACAAUGGCUACCAGAAGAAGAAGAAAUAG